GUACUAAAUGAUACUAUCAGAAAUCACCACCUCCAAAAGCCAAAAAAAACCUAAUCAACUUUUCAAUUUUUUCUUGACGCGUGUUUUCUUCACUUUUUCACUCAGAGUGGUCGAUUUUCUACGUAAUUUUGGCACAAAUUACGACUUUUCAUCAUGGGAAAACCGAAGGGAAUCCGUACCGCUCGUAAACACGUAAACCACCGCAGAGAACAACGUUGGGCUGACAAAGAUUACAAAAAAGCUCACUUAGGAACUCGUUGGAAAGCUAAUCCUUUCGGUGGAGCUUCUCACGCUAAAGGAAUCGUUUUAGAAAAAGUCGGUGUCGAAGCUAAACAGCCUAAUUCUGCUAUUCGUAAAUGUGUCAGAGUCCAGUUAAUCAAAAAUGGUAAAAAGAUCACCGCUUUCGUACCUCGUGACGGUUGUUUAAAUUACAUCGAAGAAAACGACGAAGUAUUAGUAGCUGGUUUCGGACGUAAAGGUCACGCCGUCGGUGAUAUUCCAGGUGUACGUUUCAAAGUUGUCAAGGUAGCCAACGUAUCUUUACUAGCUUUGUAUAAAGAAAAGAAGGAAAGACCUAGAUCGUAACGUAUUGUACGUUUUUAUAUAUAUUAAAUAAAAUGUUUUUAUAAACGUA